AUGAAUUGCGCGGUGGCCGAGGAUCGUCUGGAGGUGCUUCAGGUGUACCGUCUGCUGCAGUGCGUACGUGAGGGAGACGCGCCCGCGAUAGAGAAGAUGGUGCGCAUGGGCGUGCCCAACCUCAUCAACCUGACAGAGCCCAGCGAGGGAAACGCCGCCAUGCACCUGGCCUCUGUGGCCAACGACACCGACAUGGUGCGCUUCCUACUCUCACAGGGUGCACACCCUAACAUCCAGGACAAGACACUGGGCCAUGACCGUGGUCGUUGUCUGUGA